AUGGCUACAGCAAGCGCUCCUAUCGUUUUGAAGGAGGCCCUCAGCUUGACAAAUCUGGGGGUCAAUCAACAGUUCAUCUCCUUCACUCAUGUCACGAUGGAGUCCGAUAAGUAUAUUUGCGUCAGGGAAACAGCUCCGUCGAACAGCGUUGUCAUCAUUGACAUGGCGAUGCCAAUGCAGCCUUUGAGGAGGCCUAUCACUGCUGACUCAGCAUUGAUGAAUCCUGAGAGCAAAAUCUUGGCGCUCAAGGCUUUGAUUCAAGGGACGACACAAGAUCACUUGCAGAUUUUUAACAUCGAGGCUAAGGCUAAAAUCAAAUCGUACCAGAUGCCAGAGCAGGUUGUGUACUGGAAGUGGAUCUCCAACAAAGUUCUCGGCCUCGUAACUCUGACAUCUGUUUACCACUGGUCGAUCGAAGGAGAGGGAGAGCCCGUUAAGAUGUUCGAGCGGACUGCGAACUUGAACGGUAACCAGAUUAUCAACUACCGGAGUGAUCCCUCUGGCAAAUGGCUUGUUUUGAUCGGCAUCGCCCCUGGUGCUCCUGAGCGUCCACAACUCGUCAAGGGAAAUAUGCAGCUCUUUUCCGUGGAUCAGCAAAAGAGUCAGGCAUUGGAAUCGCACGCAGCUGCGUUUGCCUCUGUGAAGGUGCCAGGAAACGACACUCCGUCCCUGGUCAUUGCGUUUGCCACCAAGACUAUCACUGGCGGACAGCUUAUUUCGAGGUUGCACAUUAUCGAGCUUGGUGCUCAACCAGGUCGCGUUCCUUUCACAAAGAAGCAGGCCGACCUGUUCUUCCCGCCAGAUUUCGCUGAUGACUUUCCGGUCGCCAUGCAGGUGUCAGCGAAGUUCGGCCUGGUGUAUGUCGUCACCAAGUUGGGCCUGCUCUUUGUGUACGACCUCGAGUCCGCCACGGCAGUCUACCGCAACCGCAUCAGCCCCGACCCCAUCUUCCUGGCCGCCGAUGCUCCCAGCGUGGGCGGUUUCUACGCCGUGAAUCGCCGCGGGCAGGUGCUGCUUGCCACGGUGAACGAGCAGACCAUCGUCCCGUUCGUCAGCGGCCAGCUCAACAACCUGGAGCUCGCUAUCAACCUUGCGCGCCGCGGGAACCUCCCUGGUGCCGAGAACCUGGUCGUGCAAAGGUUCCAGGAGCUGUUCUCGCAGAUGAAGUACAAGGAAGCUGCGGAUUUGGCUGCUGAGUCGCCCCAGGGAAUUCUUCGUACACCUGAGACGGUGGCUAAGUUCCAGAGCGUUCCCGUGCAACCGGGGCAGACCUCUCCCCUGCUGCAGUACUUCGGCACGCUGCUCACCAAGGGCAAGCUGAACGCGUUUGAGUCGCUGGAGCUGUCGCGUCUGGUGGUGAACCAGAACAAGAAGAACCUCCUGGAGAACUGGCUGAACGAGGACAAGCUGGAGUGCAGCGAGGAGCUCGGUGACCUUGUCAAGCCUGUGGAUGGGGACAUGGCACUGAAGGUGUACAUCAAGUGCCGUGCCACGCCCAAGGUCAUUGCGUCCUUCGCUGAGCGCGGGGAGUUUGACAAGAUCCUCGUGUACUCCAAGCAAGUCGGGUACAACCCCGACUACCUCUGGCUCAUGCAGACCAUGCUGCGCAGCAACCCUCAGGGAGCGUUGAACUUCGCCCUGAUGAUGGCGCAAAUGGAGGGAGGCUCGCCUCUCGACUACAACACCAUCACUGACCUCUUCCUCCAGAGGAACAUGAUUCGCGAGGCGACUUCCUUCCUGCUGGAUGUGCUCAAGCCUAACCUGCCAGAGCAUGCCAUGCUGCAGACCAAGGUGCUGGAGAUCAACCUGGUGACCUUCCCAAACGUGGCUGACGCCAUUCUCGCCAAUGGCAUGUUCUCGCACUACGACCGCCCUCGCAUUGCCCAGCUUUGCGAGAAGGCAGGCCUCUACAUUCGUGCUAUCCAGCACUACACGGACCUGUCUGACAUCAAGCGUGUCAUCAUCAACACUCAUGCCAUUGAGCCUCAGUCCCUGGUGGAGUUCUUCGGCACGCUGUCCAAGGAGUGGGCGCUGGACUGCAUGAAGGAGCUGCUGCUGGUGAACAUGCGCGGCAACCUGCAGAUCGUCGUACAGGUGGCCAAGGAGUUCGCGGAGCAGCUGGGCAUGGACAACUGCGUGAAGCUCUUCGAGCAGUUCAAGUCCUACGAGGGGCUCUUCUUCUUCCUGGGCGCCUACAUGUCCACCAGCGAGGACCCCGAGAUCCACUUCAAGUAUGUCGAGGCGGCGGCGAAAACUGGGCAGAUCAAGGAGGUGGAGCGGAUCACUCGCGAGUCCUCUGUGUACGAGCCCGAGCGCAUGAAGAACUUCCUCAUGGAGGCCAAGCUGCCUGAUGCUCGCCCGCUUAUUAAUGUCUGCGACCGCUUCAACUUUGUUCCCGAUCUCACACACUACCUGUACACGAACAACAUGCUGCGGUACAUCGAGGGCUACGUGCAGAAGGUGAACCCCAGCAACUCUGCGCUGGUGGUCGGGCAGCUUCUGGAUGACGAGUGCGCGGAGGACUUCAUCAAGAAUUUGAUUCUGUCGGUGCGCUCGCUGAUCCCGGUGGAGCCGCUGGUGGAGGAGGUGGAGAAGCGCAACCGGCUGCGGCUGCUGACGCAGUUCCUGGAGCAUUUGGUCAGUGAGGGCAGCCAGGACGUGCACGUUCACAACGCGCUGGGGAAGAUCAUCAUUGAUACCAACAACAACCCCGAGCACUUCCUCACGACCAACCCGUUCUACGACUCGCGCGUGGUGGGCAAGUACUGCGAGAAGCGCGACCCCACGCUGGCUGUGGUGGCGUACAAGCGCGGGCUGUGCGACGAGGAGCUCAUCGCUGUCACCGCCAAGAACUCCCUCUUCAAGCUGCAGGCCAGGUAUGUUGUGGAGCGCAUGGAGCCUGAGCUGUGGGCCAUUGUCCUCACUCCUGAGAACGAGUACCGCCGCCAGCUCAUCGACCAGGUCGUGUCCACGGCGCUGCCAGAGAGCAAGAACCCCGACCAAGUGUCAGUGACGGUGAAGGCGUUCAUGACGGCCGACCUGCCCCACGAGCUCAUCGAGCUGCUCGAGAAGAUCGUGCUGCAGAACUCGGCAUUCAGCGGCAACCCCAACCUGCAGAACCUGCUCAUCCUCACGGCCAUCAAGGCGGACAAGACGCGCGUCAUGGACUACGUCAACCGCCUCGACAACUUCGACGGGCCCGCCGUCGGCGAGAUCGCCGUGGGCAGCGAGCUCUACGAGGAGGCCUUCGCCAUCUUCAAGAAGUUCAACCUGAAUGUCCCAGCCGUGAACGUCCUCCUGGAUAACAUCAACAGCAUUCCCCGCGCGGUCGAGUUCGCCAACCGUGUAGAGGAGCCUGAGGUGUGGUCACAGGUGGGGAAAGCACAGCUGCGGGAGGAUCUGCUCUCCGAGGCCAUCGCCUCGUUCAUCCGCGCGGGCGACGGGUCCCAGUUCCACGAGGUCAUCCGAGCCUCGGAGCGUGUGGACGCGUACGCCGACCUGGUGGAGUACCUGCUCAUGGUGCGCAAGACCGUCAAGGACCCCAAGGUGGACCAGGAGCUCGUGUACGCCUACGCCAAGAUCGAGAAGCUCGACGCCAUCGAGGAGUUUAUUGCUCUGCCCAACGUCGCAAACCUGCAGAGCGUGGGCGACCGGCUGUUUGACGAGGAGCUGUACGAGGCUGCGCGGAUUAUCUUCCAGCACAUCUCCAACUGGGGCCGGCUGGCCAGCACGCUUGUGCGCCUGCAGCAGUUCCAGGCGGCGGUGGACGCGGCGCGCAAGGCCAACAGCGCGCGCGUGUGGAAGGAGGUGUGCUUUGCCUGUGUGGACGCGGAGGAGUUCCGUCUCGCGCAGAUCUGCGGGCUGAACAUCAUCGUCCAGGUGGACGAUAUGGAGGAGGUCAGCGACUACUACCAGAACCGCGGUCGCUUUGACGAGGUCAUGUCGCUCAUGGAGAGCGGGCUGGGGCUGGAGCGUGCCCACAUGGGGAUUUUCACAGAGCUGGGGAGUCUGUAUGCGCGCUACCGCCCUGAGAAGCUGAUGGAACACCUGAAGCUGUUCUCCACGCGCAUCAACAUCCCGAAGCUCAUCCGCGUGUGCGACGAGCAGCAGCACUGGAAGGAGCUCACGUUCCUGUACAUCACGUAUGACGAGUUUGACAACGCCUCCACCACCAUCAUGAGCCACUCGCCCGAGGCCUGGGAGCAUGCACAGUUCAAGGACGUGGUGGUGAAGGUGGCGAAUCUGGAGAUCUACUACCGCGCCAUCCUCUUCUACCUGCAAGAGCACCCCGACCUCAUUAACGACCUCCUCACCGUGCUUGCUCCCCGUGUUGACCAUGCCCGCGUCGUCGACCUCAUGCGCAAGUCGGGCAACCUGCCGCUGGUGAAGCCGUACCUGGUGACGGUGCAGAGUGUGAACGUGGCGGCGGUGAACGAGGCGCUCAACAACCUGUACAUCGAGGAGGAGGACUACGAGCGCCUGCGCGAGUCCAUCGACAUGCACGACAACUUCGACCAGAUCUCCCUCGCCCAGAGGAUCGAGAAGCACGAGCUGCUGGAGUUCAGGCGCAUAGCGGCGUUCAUCUACAAGAUGAGUGGGCGCUGGCGGGCGUCGCUGGCGCUGUCCAAGGCGGACAAGCUGUACAAGGACGCCAUGGAGACCGCCUCCCAGUCCGGCGACAGGGAGCUCGCAGAGGAGUUGCUCAAUUACUUCCUCGAGGAGGACAAGAAGGAGUGCUUUGCAGCGUGCCUGUACACGUGCUACGAUCUGCUGCGCCCAGACGUGGUGGUGGAGCUGGCAUGGCUCAACAACAUGCAGGACUAUGUCAUGCCCUACCUCAUUCAGUUUGUGCGUGAGUACUCGAGCAAGGUGGAUGAGCUGGUGAAAGACAAGGAGGCAGCCAAGAAGGAGGUGGAGAAGAAGGCCAAGGAGGAGAAGGAGGUCAUCGCCCAAGCGAACAUGUACCAAACGCUCAUGCCACUCGCGUUGCCAGCGCCUCCCAUGCCCGGUCAAGGCAUGGAUGGUGGUGCGUUCGGUGGUGCCCCUCCCAUGCUGGCCUAUGGCAUGCCGCCCAUGUACUGA